GGAUGGAGCCGGAAGGAAGCGGACAAGGCUCGGCCCACAGGAUGGAACGGGUCGGAGCAGCUGAGCUCUCCUGGUGCGGGAGUGAGUCUGAGGUCCGAGCUCAGACUGGGGGGGCCUGAGUCAACGCAUUCAAAUAACUGACGGUUGUAGUACAUAAUGAAGUGGAAUGGCACACGUUGAUCAAUCAUCCCAGGAGCUGUGUCUGAUAGAUAAGACUAUCGCCAGUUUGUUGACAGUACCUUUAAGCCCAAAGAUUCGAGCACUCAAUCUCCACUGUAAUCAAAUAAGCAGAAUUGAAGGCCUUAGCCGAGUGUGGCAGUUGCGACAUCUUGAUCUCUCCUCCAAUCAGAUUACUCGUAUUGAAGGAUUGGAGACAUUGGUGGCCUUGCGUACGCUAAAUUUGUCCUGUAACUUAAUAACCAAAGUAGAAGGACUUAAUGGACUCAUCAAUUUAACUAGAUUGAAUUUAUCGUAUAAUCAUAUUACUGACCUAACUGGCUUUUUACACCUUCAUGGUAUUGGUCACAAGUUAAGUCUUGUAGAUCUUCACAGUAAUUGCAUUAGUAACUUCAAUCAUUUGCUGCAGUGCAUGAUGGGCCUGAGCUUCUUAAAGGAUCUUAUUCUGGUAAAAGAUGGAAGAGACAACCCAGUAUGUCAGACUCCAGGUUACAGAGAAAUAAUGCUUCAAUCUCUAACUCAGCUGACUGUACUGGAUGGGCAAAGGCAGUCUGGUGAAUCUAUCCAUUCAAAUGAAGGAUGCCCCUUGGAUCUACCUGGUUUAGAAGACUACUUGGAAUAUUUGGUAUCAUCAGACUCUAGCUUAAAUGUGGAAAAGGCUUCUGUGGGAUUACCUGUGAUCACUCCACGGAUUGAUCAGGUACUUGCUCAUUAUCGCCAUCGUGCGACCGUAACUGAUCCUGCAAUACCAAUGUCUGCUACUGAGACCAGUUCUUCACCUGAAGUGGAGCAAUCCAAGAAUCACAACACGCUCAAUAUGUUCAAUGAAGUAAGAAUAAAGAAGCUGGAAAGACAGAUUUCUCAGCUAUUGCAGCAGGCUCCAGCUCCUUCAACUGCAGUAAAAGCAAAGAGAGAUAUUGAUCAUACCUCUGAGAGUGAAAGUGAGAGCUGUAAAGAAAAUCGCAAAGAAGAAACUAGACGAACAAAGACUGAAACCUCCAAACAAAAAGGUGCCAGACAGCUGAAAAACAAAAAAUCUGAGAGGGACAAACAGCCCUGCAUGCGGAAAUUAAAAUCCUCUAACAACCAGCCCAGCGGUGAAGAAUUCUCUAGCAGUUCACCUGUAGAACCUGCUGAGCUUCGAAUAGUGGGAUGCACACCCAGGAGUAUGUCAACAAAACAAAAAACUCAACACAAGUCACAAGACAGCAAGAAAACAAGUAUGACUGAGGAGUCCACCUAUAGGGUACUUAUUCAAGAGUUGGACCAAGAACGAGAGAUGAGAUGGAAGGCAGAACAAACUGUGAAAGAGUUGAUGGACCAUACAAAAGAAUUACAAAAUCAGGCUAACGAGAAAAGGAAUUUUCAAGACAUGGCUGUACAUACCACAGACAGGUUAAAAGAGCUACUUAUGAAAGAGAAAGAAGCUAGAAGCCAAUUACAAGCGUAUGUUGCAGAGUUAAAAAAGAAAAUAGGGAUUCUUACGGAGGAGUUAAAAAAGUUAAAGAGUACUGAGGGGAAUCAACGCAAGGUCCUGCAAUCUCUUGAAGACACAAUUUUGAAGACAGAGUCACAAAGACUGCAGCAGCAAGCUGUGGAGAUGAAACGGAUUCAAGAAGCAGAGCUAAAAGCUUCAGCAGCCCAAAGAGAAGGAGAGUUACUGCAGAUUUCCCUCAGUCAGCAGAAAGAAAAAGUUCAGCAGCUGCAGGAGCUUCUUGCUUCCAGAGAGCAAGCACACAGGAAAGAAAUAGAAUCCAGAGUUACUUUGAGUGGACCAGAAUUUCAUGCUGCCUUGUCCAGAGAGAUGGCAAAAGAAGAAGAGAGACACGCUCAGCAAUUGAAAGGAUAUCAAGAAAAAAAUGACCUAUUAAAUCAGCAGUACAUUACUUUGGAGGAUGAAUUUCGCAUGGCUCUUACCAUUGAAGCAAAUCGAUUUAAAGAGGUGAAGAGCGGCUUUGAUCACGUGACAGCAGAACUAGCAAACUGCAAACAGGCCCUUGCUCAGUCACAGCAGAAGGAGAAACAAUCAGGAACUUUGAUUCAGGAGUUGACCACCAUGGUGAAAGAGCAGAAAGCUAAGAUAGCAGAACUGGCAAAAUCCAAACAGGAAACAGUUUCAGAACUUAAGAGCCGAUUCCGGGCACUGGAACACAUAGCUGAAGAAGAUAAGAAAAAAACUGUUCAGAUUGAACUACUUAAGCAGGAGAAAUCUAGAUUGAUUUCACAGCUAACUGCACAGGAGUCUGUGAUUGAUGGCAUUCGAACUGAAAAGAGGAUAUGGGGACAGGAGUUAGCCCAACAAGGCAGUUCUUUGGCUCAAGACAGAGGAAGGCUCCAGGCUAGGAUUGAAAUGUUAACUUCAGAGAUGGAGUCUCUAAAAAAACAAAACGCACAGGACAUGAAUACUUUGAAAAUAAAAACAAAGAUUGUAGAUGAUCAAACAGAAACUAUUAGAAAACUGAAAGAAGGUUUGCAAGAGAGAGAUGAACAGAUUCGGAAAGUUCAUGAGGAAAACCUGCAGGAUAAAAAAACCUUCCAUGAGCAAUUAGAGGAUGAAGCUGCUUUAUCACAAGAUCUCAGAGAAAAAGUAGAGAGACUUGCAGAGCGCAAAAAAGAACUAAAGCAGCAACUUGAAGAAAAAGAAGCCGAGCUGGAGGAAACAAAAAUGGCCUUUAGCGCUGUCAAUAAGAAGUGGCAAGAUAAAGCAGAAAUACUGACAAUGCUGGAAAAACAGGUCAAACAGAUGAAAGAAACCUUUGAUGCCAAGGAAAAAAAACUUGUUGAGGAGCGAGACAAAGCUUUGCAAGCUCAGAAGGCUGCAGCAGAAAAACUUCAUUCCAUGGAUGAUGCAUUCAGGCACCAGCUUGAGACCAUACAGGUAUCUCAACAGGCCCAACUUCUGCAAUUGGCCAGUGAAAAGCAAAAGGAAAUUGAAGCAGCCAAAGAAAAGGUCUAUGAAGUGGAAGAAGAAAUGCGUCAGCUUCUCCGAGAGACAGCAAAUGGCAAAAAAACCAUGGAGGAAAAAAUACGGAAGCUGACCAGUGCCCUCAAUGACAUCAAACAAGAAUUGUGAGAAUACAACAAACAAGCAUCUAAUAAUAAUAAAAUCCAUUCCACUUAUCAAGACGCUUAAAAUUAAAUUAAUUUCCUUGAAUUUAAGUCAGUUUAAUAAAUUCCUGCUGACUGGAAAAUGACGAACAUAUCUAUUUAAAUGCCUGGAGAGUGGGUCUCCUUCUGCCUAUGGUGUGGUGUGAUGAGUACAGACUAGUGGCAGCCCAAACUCAAUCUUUGAUUUGUGCUGGUUAUUGUCAGCCAAUGGAGACAUUACAGUUAACUUUGCUGUCUCUUGGUAAGAGGGUGAACACGUUGGGCAAGAGUCCCUACAAUGCAAGCCUUCCCACUUGUGCUUUCUGUACACAGUGACUCCUGCUUGGAAUGUUCUCAUGUAUGGGUAUCACUGGACUUGGUAGGGAUGCCGAGCAACUGAAUAGUAUGCAGGCAUUAUAACAGCCAUAUAGCUGAAGCAUCAGAAGAUUUCUCUGUGUGGAACUAUAUAAGAGCGUGAAUGAUGUCUAUAGGGUAAGAAAAGAGUAAAAUUAACUAAAAUCAAUGGGAUAGUUUAAUUGCUUAAUUGCUUUUUUUCUUUGAGUUUUUUUUAUUCAUUCACGGGAUGUGGGCUUCGCUAGCUGGGCCAGCAUUUAUUGCCCAUCCCUAGUUGCCCUUGAGAAGAUGGUGAACUGCUGCAGUCCAUGUGUAGGUACACCCACUUUACUCCACCAAGAUCACAAUUUCUUUGUGUUAUGGAUAUACUUAUAUUCUAAGUUUAUUGUAUGGUCUUAAUGCUGGUUAGAGCUUUGUAUACCCUGUAACAGCUUAAUUUGGAAACAAAGAACUUUCCAUCCAAAUUAAAUUUUUUGAUUCACACAGUUAGAUUCUUAUUCAGUUUUAGUGUAAACAAUUAAACCAUCCACUGUAUCAGCUCAGUGGAAAACAGUGUUACACACUAUGAUACUGAAAUAUAUGAAGGUGAAAGAUUUCUGAUUCUAUCCCUGGAGGGGAAAAUUGAUUUAAGUUUCCGCCUACAUGAGAAGGUAUAAAAGGAGACGAGAAUAAAAAACAUAAAUAAAAUAUAUGUGCCACACUAUGGUGUUGUUACAUAACAUAAACAGCUUUCGGGAUUUAUAUCAAUAUAUAAAUCUGCUUUGUUUUUCCUGAGGGUUAAUUUAACAUUCAUAAAUGCAUUUGUAAUCACAUCAAAUGUGUUAAACUUUAUUUAUUUAAAAGGUGUAAAAAUAAUAGUUUGUACUUACCUUAAUAAAAUGUUUUUCAAUUA